UGUCGCGGGACGGAAAUGGUCUAUGGGCAUGUAUUAUGUGGCCCGUUAUAAUGUUUUAUUAGUAUUAUUAGUCUCAUUUUUUUUAUUAGUAGUUUUGUAAGUAGUAUUGACUGAGAAGAGAUAUAUGGCGGCCAACAUCCAAUUUAAUUUUUUUGAAUUUUUUGGCUAAUAAUUGAUAUUAACCUAAAUCCAAGUAGACCCAUUGAUUAUGGGAAGGGAAUGGGUGACUUAUAUAUGGGUUUGGAAGUUUGUACAUGGGUUUGAGUAGGGUAUGAAUAUUUACUUUCAUAAUCUAAAUGUGCAUGAGUUGGGUAUGGAUACCCAUUUAUUCGAGGGUGUUUUAAUUACACAUUCAAAAAUUAGACUUAUUUGUAGGACUUCAAAAGUUUAGGUACCAAAAUGUAACAUACACAAAUUUGAGGUACUAAAAUAUAAUGUUUCAUAAAAUUUUUGAGGACUUAUAUGCCAAAAAAAUAAAUUUAGGUUAUAAAUCUAAAGAUCUAUUAAGUUUAGGUACCGAACUGUAAUUUGCAUAGUUGAGGCUUGAUUCCUUUAUGAUGAUGUAUUUAAGAUGAUAAAUAUUUAUUUAUUUAUAGAAAAAUGGAAACUAUUUAUUUGAAAUAUGUAGAUACCCAGCCAAACAUUCCGUGUAUAAUUGUUGAAAAUUCUAGCCCGGGUGAGAAAGAAAACUCUAAAGAAAAGCAAAAGAAAUACAAAUUGGAACUCGCUUAAAAUUUCACACCUUCAAAUCUCAUAGUAGAAAAUGACGAAUUUCUAAUAAGUAAUAACCAUAUAUCUUUAUUUUUAAUUGGGCUCGACAUUGAGCUGAAAAAGUUAAUGGUUCAUGGUUCAAUUCUAAAUUCUCUGUUGGUGAGUCAUGUAUGGACUCGUUCAUACUUGUGAUUAGAAUAAAUAAAAAUAGUAUACUAAUUAGGGUUAGGCGAAGAAGGCAAAGAAAGAAAUAAAGAAAGGGUUAUGGAAAGAGAGUGAAAAAUGAAACGAAGAGAAAGUAAAUGAUGGAAAGGUUUGGUCAUUUUUGUACUUAUAUUAAAUUUUAAAUUAUUAUUUUUAUUACUGCUGAUUUUUUUAAACAUUGUUCUAUUAAAAUGUCAUACAAAAACUUCAUACAGAUCAAUAUCUCAAUGUACUCGUAUUAUAUUUUACUAAGUAUGUUGUCAUGUCACCGAAUAGAAUGUUUUUUUUAAAUAUGGUAAUUAUUAUUUCAAAUGGAUAACAUACAUAUUUUUUGAAGUAAAAAUCUCAUGGAAGACCUCGAAUCUUCUCCUACAGUUGAGUGAUACAACAUCUUGCAUGGUACAAACUAAAUUUAUAUUUUGAUGUUAUGGUGGAUUGGAUUCAUGGAUUCAAGUGAAUCUAAACAUUCGACCAAUAUGAAAAUUUAAAAAAUUGUAGGUACGAAGCUCAUAAAAAUAAGAUUACAAAACAUAAUUGUUCAAUGAUAUUACACUAAAAUUAAAUUUGGGGCAUCAAAAUGUAAAAUGUACGUUAUAGUGACUAAGUUGUGAUUUAAUUAAAUUUGGAGUAUCAAAAUGCAAUUAUUUAGGCAACAGUAAACCAACUCCACGCUUUAUAUAUAUUUUGAUGUUAUGGUGGACUGGAUUCACGGAUUCAAGUGAAUCUAAACAUUCGACCAAUAUGUAAAUUUAAAAAAUUGUAGGUACGAAAACUCAUAAAAUUAAGAUAAUAAAACAUAAUUGUUCAAUGAUUUUACAUUAAAAUUCAAUUUGGGGCAUCAAAAUGUAAAAUGUACAUUAUAGUGACUAAGUUGUGAUUUAAUUAAAUUUGGAGUAUCAAAAUGCAAUUAUUAAGGCAACAGUAAACCAACAUCACGUUUAUAUUUAUAAAAAUUUGACAUAUGUAACCAAGUAUGUUGAUAGCACUAGCAAUGAUCCAUUCGGUUUAUCGUUUGCAGGAGCGAUCGACUAUUUGUAGUAAGCAGUCGACCAUUUUCUCCAAGUCACAAUGACUUUGUAAUUCACAUUAGCAAAGUACUUAAGGAUGGGAUAUAUAUAUAUAUAUAAUAUGUUAGAUAUAUGCCUAAUUGUCUAAUUGGUUAUCAAUGUCUCAAACCAAACACGCAAAUGUUUUUUAAACUAAAUCAAAUUAAUUAUCCAAAUUAACCGAACUAAAUUAUCGGAAUACCCAUUGGUUAAAAUGAUACCAUGAUAAGUGAUAACCACUCCGUUUGAAUACUCCUACUUGCACAUAUUCACAUCGGUGGUAGGUAAAUUGCGAUUUGCGGUUUGCAAGGAGCGAUCGACUAUUUGUAGUAAGCAGUCGACCAUUUUCUCCAAAUCACAAUGACUUUGUAAUUCACAUUAGCAAAGUACUUAAGGAUGGGAUAUAUAUAUAUAAUAUGUUAGAUAUAUGCCUAAUUGUCUAAUUGGUUAUCAAUGUCUCAAACCAAACACGCUAAUGUUUUUUAAACUAAAUCAAAUUAAUUAUCCAAAUUAACCGAACUAAAUUAUCGGAAUACCCAUUGAUUAAAAUGAUACCAUGAUAAGUGAUAACCACUCCGUUUGAAUACUCCUACUUGCACAUAUUCACAUCGGUGGUAGGUAAAUUGCGAUUUGCGAGUUCACACGAAAGGGUUUUCUCUACGGAUGGGGUCUUUUGUCCACACGUUGCGGAAAGUGUUUUACCCUUAACUAAUUAUAAAGAUUAUUUUCUAGGAUUUUCUUAAUAAACCGUUCUUAAAUUUUUAGAAAAAUAUUUUAUGAGACCAAUCUCGAUAUAUUAGGACAUGUAGUUCACUCAUUUUUUGUGUGUAGGAAACGAAGCGCUAAGGGGCGCGCCCCAACCCUUAAUUAAUAACCAUACGUGGGGUUUGAACCCCAAUAGUAUCGUAGUACAACCAAUAAUCCAAGCACGAGUCUAGAGUAUCAAUCACAAACAAGCCAACAGAAAGCUAAUGACCCCUGAAAGCCAGGUAAUCGACAACAACAUUGCCCUCCCGAAAAACAUGUCCCAUGGUAAUCUCCCAAUCCAAGGCCAGAAAUCGUCGAAUGGACGCCAAUAGCAUACGAAUACGAUGUGGGUGACUCGAGGGAUCCGCUUGUAUUAGCGAAAUGGCAGCCGCAGAGUCGGUCUGAAUCACUAGGGCGAUGGGAAGACCUUGCCCAUCCGUUCGGCAGAUUCUGCCAGUUGAUGUGUCUAUGAGACUUAUGUCUGAAUAGGGAGCAGAUCCGGUGAGUAACCGUGUGGUGAGUAACCGUGUGUAACCCGUCCACAUCAGCAUGAUAUCGGCAUCUUCUAUCUCCUGGAAAGCCUUUAAUUUUCCCGUCUUUAAUCUUUGACAGACGAUUUCUCGCUCAUUUUAAGUCGAAAUUUAAUUUUUUUUUGCACAGUUAGAUCAGAUUAAUUGUGCUCUUCAAAAUGAUAUCCACUUUAAUAUAUUUUUCGAACAAAAAAAUUGAGCCAUUUUUUACCAUUCUAUACCAUAUGGUAUUGACUGGUAUUGAAAUAAAAGCAUACCUAUGGUUUGAAAAAAGUAUCAUGGUGGUAUGAACAAACCAAGACUGUAGGAUGGUUGAAUACAUGAUAGUAGAAAUAUAUUAAUUGUCAUUUACGACUUUUAACAUUGUAUACCACAAGAUACCACCCCGUAUCAGGGUGGUAUUGUAUGGUAUUGUGUGGUAUUUUUUGGUCCUGUAAUUUGUUCACCCAUAAAUUUGUAAAUCCAAUAGAUCAUGAUGAACUCGUCCCUUCUGUGCAAACGUUUUCAAAAACGAAUUAAAAACGAAGAAGAUACCAUACAAUACCACCCCGUACCAUAGUGGUAUUGUAUGGUAUUGUGUGAUAUUUUUUGGUCCUGUAAUUUUUCACCCAAAAAUUUGUAGAUCCAAUAGAUCAUGAUGAACUCGUACCUUCUGUGCAAACGUUUUCAAAAACGAAUUAAAAAUGACGAAAAUACCAUAUGGUAUGCAGUUGGUACCGAGAAGCCAGAAUUUUUUGUUCUAAAAAAAUAUUGAAAAUUGAUCUCAUUUUGUAGAGCACGAUGAACUCGUUCCACCUGUGCAAAAAAAAUUAAAAUCCGAGUUAAAACGAAAAAGAUAUGAGCCGAUUAAGAAAGCUAGAGAAAAUAAAAAUGAUCUUUAAUUCUCCAUCCUUAGAUCUGGAUUUUCUAAAUGAAUGGUCUAGAUUUGAUUAUUGAUGGAUGCAUAACCCAUGGUUAUGCACCCUAUCUUGAGCCGUCUGAAUAUGUGCUACUCAAACAAGGCCUUGUGGCGGAAGAGAGGAUCGAUCACAUACCCUUUUCAUGUGCCAAUCACCCAAUCCACUUCCCCACAACUAGGCUAAAAAAAUUUCCUGCUCCUUGAAAUAUUUUUUUCACUGCACCUUGUUCACCUCUACAUUUUUCGCCAAAAACACAACCACAAUCAUACAAAAAGCCACAACUUCAACUACGGUUUUGGGCUUGCAAGAUCUAAAACACUUUUUGGGUAUGAGUUAACUAGAUGAACUAUGAUUUAUAUGUUGUUUUUAGAUUCGAGUCUCAUUGAAUUUAUAAUUUAAAUUUUAAUACUUUUGUAAUUCAAGAAAAACUCACGAUAUCUAUGAAGGCGAUACAUGAAAUAUCAUGGUUUGCGAACCGAUGGCAUGUCGAACGUUACAAUUGGGUUAAUCGGUACUGACCACAAAAUCUACUAGAAUACCAGAGUAUCAACCGUAUGAAGUGGUAGUUAAAAGCGGCAAAAAUCGAUAAAUACCGGAAAAUCUACUAGAAUACCGGGAAAAUUGUGGACUUGUGUGGUGAUAAAAUUAUGGUGAUCUUGGGAAAGAAACGGAGCCGUAAACAAAAAGCCCAAUUCGGCCGCGGACCGCGGCCCAUCCAAUCUAAGUCGUAACUUUAUUACGAAUCCCAAAAACAAUCUGUUUGUAUAGUUCCAAUUGUCACGGCGGAAGAGACGACGGCACUCUCCUCCUCCACCUCCCUCGCCUCCUGCUGCGGACCAGAGUUCCCUCCAUCAUCUCCACCAAUCGCGUUCCUUCUCCGUUUGCCGCGGUUUCAGAAAAGGUACUCGUGCUUCUUCUGCUUUUCAGGAUGGUUAAUUGAUCCUGCUCCGCUUCGAAUUUGGUUUUCGGUUUCACGAGCUCUGUUUCUUCAUCGGUGUACUGUAUGAUUCGGGCCGAUUUCGAUUUCUUCCUAGAAAAUCCAAAAGAUUUGGUUGUGUUCUUGCUCAUUCAAAUCAGUUCUAUGUGUUCUAAUGGAUAGGUGACAUGGACGCUGCCGACUGUUUCUCCGCGAUUUGGGAAGAGAUUGAUCGUUCAGAGAGCUACCUUGUUUGCUCAAACUAUGAGGAGGCUGCAUCAAUGGCUUCAUCGGUUUUGAAACGAAUACGCGAAAAUGGCGAUGGGAGCAGAGCGUUUGAGCACAAUGAUGAGCUGUUCGAAGUUAUGGAGUCUGCGGGUAUGGUUUUGGUUCAGUCCUUGAACGAACUUGGAAGGGCAUCAAAUAUUUUGAGUGAGCUGAAGGAGCUGUUCGGUUAUCCUGCAGCAGUGCCUGCUGAAGUCCUUCUAACUGGGUUAUGUUUGCAAAUAUCAGCAGGGUCAUUAAUGGGAGUGAAAGAGUUCCUUCAGGACUUCCUUAGCAUGUGGAGUCUUGCGGAUGGAAGAGUUUAUGUUCUUUCUGGAGCAGAUUCCAAUAUGAAGGUCCAUGAGCAAUGUGACAGGAGGAAGACGUUGGAUGUUGAAACCUUUUCGGCAGUUGUUGAGCUCUAUGCUGUUACAUUACUUGGCAAGCAUUUGAAAGAGUCGAACCUUGCAAUUUCUUGGCUUGAGAAAGCUGCCUUACCGGAGGAAAAGCGACAGGUGCUCUUGAGAAGAUUGCACUCAAUGUAUUCCGAGAAAACCUCCAACAGGGUUCAUGGUUCUUCAGAUUUGCCAGAAGAUAGGGAUAUUCAUGGUUCCUCGUCAAACUUAGCAAAUUUAUCUGAAGAAUCCUCGAAGGCUUCAAAAGCAAACUAUAUGCCGAAUGGGAAAACUGCAAUAAACCAGGCAAUUAAGGACAUUUCGCGGCACAGAAACCAGUCUGUAUGGUGGUGGUUUCGUUCAAUCAAUUUGAAGUUUGGAAACAUGCAUCUGGCUAUAACAAAUGGAAAGAUCGUGAUUAGUUGUCUGUUUGUUCUCCUAUGUUAUCUCGUUCAGAAGAGGCGAGCUGCUUUGAAUGAGAUUGUUAAGAGACGGGUUUUAUGGGUCAAGAAGUCUCUGUUAGACCUGUGGCGGCUUGCAUUUUCGUACCAGGUGAAUCCCUUGGCUGCUGUUCAACCUAUCCCUGCAGCAACUCGGCCAGGACGGUGAUGUUAUGGUCCACCUCGUUUCCCAUCCUUUGUUUUGUUGUGCGAUUCUCUGUUCUUCUUCCAAUGUGUUGGUCUUUCUAAAUUAGAAUUGCAAUGUCCAGUAGCUAGGAGUCUCAUUGAAGAUGAGAAGAGUUCCUUUUAUGUUACUGGAAAAUGGGAAUAAAUACAUAAGAGUGAGUUUCUAAAUUGUCUGAGAUGUAUUUGCAAAGCCACUCUUUAGUUCAAUAUAUUUUGUGCUUAAAUUUUUAUAGAGUGAGUUUCUAUUUACUUUUCCAACCUUCAAAAACAUCCGAGAUUACAUCGUUCUGUUACAAUUGGGAUUGACUGUUCUGCUACAAUUGUGAUUGCACUCAAAUACAUCGAAAGCGUUGACGAAAACCAAUGCAGUUUAAUUUGCAUGCAAAUACAAAUUUCACCCUAACGAUUUCACCAAGGUUGUCAACCCGCGGGUUGACCCGGACCCGGUUGAGCUAGUGGGUCAAGGGUUAAUGGGUCACCCGUUUCAGCCCGGUUUAGCCCGGAAAUAUGGAAAGCGUCAUUAUAUUGUACUUAUCCUGAUACAUUAUAUCAUAUCUCAUCUAACAUAUGAGUUAUAACAUAUAAUAUUACACCAAAAUAACAUUUCGUACUUAGA